UGAUGUCUAUAGACAUAAAAAGCAACAUUUUCCCUCUUUUCAUAAAUAUAGAUAAAUUUAUAGAGUCAAAGAAAACUAAGUAAUUGUACUGAAAAUGAAAACAUCUCAAUGGGCCAGGCAUAUGCUUAGAAUAAUGAAAGCAAGCCAGCUAAGCAUCUUGGAGGUGUUCAGACUUCUCUCCAUCUGUACAUAGUUGAUGAGGGAACACCAAGGAAGACUCAGAUGCACCUAACAUUUCUUCCUUGAGGUUUAUUCACUUUCAUUUGAUCUGAAAAUAAGGAGCAAAUCAUGUGUAGUUAAGGACCAUCCUUAGGACUGACAAGGCCCCAGAAAACUACACUUCCCCUUGAAUCUUCAAACACCCUAAAAUGGAAAAAAUGCAAUUCUAAUGAAGCAGGACUACUCUGUGGGCAGAACUGCCAUGUGUGCAGUGGCACUUAAAUCUAUGAUCUCCUGAUGUUAGACCCAAAGCACCUUUCCCUAGCUCCAAAGCAAUGGUGAUAGGAACAGGGUGAAGGAACACCCUUGUUUCAUUUCUUCAGGUCUGCGCAGCUGCUUUACAGGAAUACAGAGAGUGACCUAUGCAAUGGUUAUGGGCAUUUCUGAAGCGCACAAUUCCUGCAUGAUCUCUCUGUGCCAAUAACAACUUUCUAUGUUUUAAAUGCAGUCCAUAGCAGGCUGGCAGAAAAAAAUUUAAGGCCAGCCUAAUUGUUUGGUAAAGCUACGUGAAAAUGAAGGGCAAUACAAUGGGAGAUGAUAGGUAUCUUGAGGAUAAAGGUUGCUUAUUUUGAUAAAGAAAGACUUUUUUAUUGAUUAAAAAUAACAUCAAGUGGAGAUUCAGAGCCCAUGAAACAACUUGUUGUAAUUUGACUUCUUCUUUUUGACAGUGUGCCUAACUUAAAGAUGAGUUACUCUCACACUGAAGGAGAGGAAAAAGUACCUAGUGAUGAACUGGAAUGCAAAAUAUGCUAUCACAGAUUUAACAUUCACAGCCGUAAACCCAAAAUCUUGGAUUGUCUUCACAGAAUUUGUGCCAGAUGUUUGACUAAAAUACUUCACGUAGGAGAUGGAUCUCCCUGCAUUAGCUGUCCCUUUUGCCGCCAUGACACAGAGCUGCAUGAAGACAAAAUUGAAGGACUCCCUAAUGAUGCAAACAUUAUGUCCAAGCUCUCAUUAGAAGAUAAAACAUUGUGGAAUUCUGACAGUAAAGAAUUAGUUUUAACACCAAAAAACUUGCCUGCUUCAAGUCUUUCCCAUGGAUCAUCAAACUGUUUAGUAAUUACAAUUACGGAAGUACAAAGAGACUCCACAAGGACUCCUAGUCAAAGUACUGUCUCAGAUUACAAUGCAGACCGUAGCAUUGAGUCAGUAUCUGUAAGUUCUCAAAGUCAACUAGCGCAAGAUUUCUUUUCAAAGCUAUGCAAACAUGUACCCAGAACAUUAGCAUGGCUGCUUGGAUUUUUUUACUUUGGUUCACUGCCUCUUGGAAUUUUUUUACUAGUGGUACAAGAAGUGACCGAGCCUCAAAUAAAAAAUGCAGGAUUUUUGUUCAGUUGCUCUCUCUGAAAGAAUUUACAAGAAGGCAGAACUCGGAACAAGGCGACCCGAUCCCCUUUCCUGUGCCGAGCCAGGACAA